AAUGGUGCAAAUCUUGCUGCCCGAAGCACUCUAUGUCGUGACGACAUCAGCGCCCUGGGCGACCAUCGCUUCACAUCGUUACUGGAGCCUUGAGCUCGAGUUGCGGGUGGACGAUACGCGCCUGCCGCUGCGCAACGUUGAGUCCGACACGGCGGUGCAACAUCUCUCUGGCAGUCUCCUUGUGACGUCGAUUCUGCCCGUCGACGGAAGCGAUUUCCACGCCGUCGCCGUCGGCAACCAGCUCGUGGCGGUCAACGGCGUUGAGCUCGACGGACUCGACGUUCUCGAAAUGCAUUUGCUAUUGCGUGCUGCGACUGACACUGCGCCGACGCACCUCCUUUUCCUCCGACACGACUAUGCCGAUGCCAACGUAGCACUGCACCUCGUGCGACCACCGCUGUCGUCGCCGUUUGAGCUUACUACCUUCACCCACAACGACGUGACGUGGUACUUUUCGCCGUCGUAUACUCUCUAUGCCGACGAUGGACACCCCAAAGCUGUGGCGUACACGUCCCGCGCGUGGCAACUGUGGCGCGAGACGCAGACGCGGCUGCGCACCUCACUGUAUUCAUGGGACGAGAUUGUCAUGGCGCUGGAAGACAAAAUAUGGCAACACUUCUGCGCGCUUCUCUUGGACGAGUCCCUCUGGCCAGAAAUGAAGAUUCCAUAUAUCGCGCACCUCAAUCUAAACAGUGACGCACGAGACGCGUUGUACUGCGAGCACUUUACGACGUCGAGCGCGCAGACCUGGGGUCUCGAGCUCGCAGCACAAGCGCCCUAUGCACUGACAACCACGCCGCUCUCCUCUACGUCCAAAGGCAUUGUUGUCGUGACCAAAGUACCACAUGCGCAAGACCGUCAACUUGCUGUCAUGGUCGGAGACAUCCUCGUCGCCAUCAACCAUACUUUUCUGACGACAGCGAUUCCGUCGGCUCUCAAAAAGCUCAAGCGGGUGGCGUCCCACGCAUCGCCCUUGCGCCCAGCCUCGCUCCUCUUUCUCCGAUAUGAGCAUUUUGGAAUCGCUCGACAUUUGACGCCGGCCACGGCCUUGUCACCAUCUCAGAUGACGACGUCGGACCUUCUCUCGAGUCUGUACCCGCCGGCGCUCGAUAUGGCCAUCGCAAAGCGGCUACCUCUGCAGGUAGACGCACUGCAGUGGCUCUUCUCGCAAGCCAAUGCCUUUACUACGCACUGCAUCCAAAAUCAACUUUGGUACGCGCACCGUACAUCCAAGCGCGUCUUUGCCGAACACCCCCUACGCAUCGUCUUGUACCCGGUCGUUGAAGCCGCCCGUCGGCGACUGCUGUGGACGGUGCGGUGGGUCGAGUGGCGGUGGCAGCGACGCUUGCGACUUCUCGCUGCUGUCGAUGCCAUGCAAAACCGCGUCGUCUGUGGCCUCUUGGAGGCCGCCAUCGACGUGUGCAUCCAACGCAUUUAUGCACCGGUCGUCAUCGACUAUACACGACAAGUUGUCGACAGCGCGAUCACCAGCGUUCUCGACGACCUUGUCCAAGACGAGGAGCAGAUUUUUGUGUCGAGCCUUCGUCGCUUUCGUCGCUACAACGGUGGCAUUGAGAACGAGCCCGCGCUGGCCCUCGAGGCUACGACGGACCGCCGCGAUACCGAGAUGUCGACUUCCAUUCGGCCGCCAACGCCCCUGGACGCGCCGAGGAUCGAACCAGUGGUCACCAUGGUGCUACUGACGAGCGCAAGCUUUACCGAGUCCAAUGCCAUGCCCGAGGGGCCGGCGGCACCGUCUGACAAUGUUUACCGAGAGAGCCAGUGGGUCGAGAUCUCGGAUGCUGCAAUGCCACUGGACAAGCUCCCAGUCCGCGCGUGGAACGACGGCCACGCCAGAGCCAAGAAAAAACUGCCUCGACGCAAGCCUACUCUGCGGCAGAUCACGGCGGCGACGCGUAUCCAAGCGUGCUUUCGAGGGUUCUACUGCCGCAUAACGUAUCGCAUCAAGCGCGACAAACUCCGGCGACGGGCCGAGGCGCGGACACGGCUGGGUGCGCUCUCUCCAUUCCUCAACGAGCGUUCCGACCGAUUUCCUCGCCUACCAACGCGCACCGUCCAGGGCGGACGGACCCAACCGGCACCACCAUACGACGAACAGGAGUCUGAGAUGAGCUUGUUGCGCACGCAGUUGACGGACCGCGAGGAGGAGAUCAUGGAAGAUCUAAAGGCACUCAACCACGCUCUCGAGUCGCGGCGCAAGGUGCACGUGGCCCCGCGUCUUCCACUUCUCUCCAAGACAACUUCGUUUGGCUCAAAAUGA